AUGUCGGGAUCAGAAGGGGUCACGUCUGCGUCAGCGUCAGCAUCAUCAGGAACAGCAGCUACGUCAGAUUCUUCAGGCACUACGACCACAGAGGAUACCACCACGACAGAGACCACGAUUGCAACUGCCACCACGGCGGCGUCCGAGGAUAACGGACAUAAGGAUGAAGCCGCACAGAAGGAGAUGACCAAGAAGACUCCAGAGGAUAUUCCAGACAAAGGCGUUCAUGGCUCUGCCACAACCCUUAAGCCAAAGGGGGUCAGUAGUCGCGCCAGGUCUAUGAAGACCACGAGCUCCUCAGCCAGGAGACGGGAGCUGGAAGCCAGAGAAGAAUUAGCACGCAUGGAGCUGAAGCAAGCUCAAGCUGCGGCGAAGCUAGCACGCGUCAGAUUAGAGCUGGCACAAUGUGAAGAGGAGGACUCCGUGGAUGAAGACCAGGAAGACAGAACAGCACAGGUGCAAAACUGGAUCGAGACAUCAGUAAUGGAAGAAAACAACAUGGGAAAACGCGAGCAACGAGGUCAGCAACCUCCGGAAGAGCCAAAUGUGAAGCCUGAAGAAAACUCCUCAACGAAAAAAGAUACGAGCGAAAUUCAAGCGCUGACGAUAGCAUUGAAGGAAGCCCUUACCACAAGAGGAGGACCACAAGCCUAUGCGCAGUGUUUGCCAACUGCGUACUGUCUGCCUGCGCCCGCGCCGGCCCCAGUUUGUCUACCGGCACCAGCACCUGCUUCGAUAUGUUUACCGGCGGCUCCCGCCUUACCCCCGCAACUAGCUGCACUUGUCCCAUUAUUAGCUUCAACACUGUCGGCUUCAUUAGCGGCUACUCUACCACCACUUCUAGAAGCAGCACUGCCGACAGUGCUGUCGUCUGCUUUGGCAGCUGCCGCUCCUCUGCUAGCUGCAGCCUUACCUCAGUGUUCAACGUGCGCAGCAUUACCAGCGGCACCGAUACUGUAUCUCUAA